AACAAAAUUCAAAAUUAGGAGAACUUCAUAUGAAGGUCGGAGGCAAAAACGAGAGAGAGAAAGAGAAAAGAGAUAAAAAGCUGAAAUUGGGUGUCCAUUCUUUUCAAUUUUUCGCGGUCAUCUCCUCAAAUUUCACUUCUUCGCCACUUUCUUCAGCUCUUUCCUCAUCUUUCAAUCAUCUUCACAAAUUUCACUUCCUCCAGUUUUUUUAUUCUCUUUACAGAUUGUUUGAUUGAUUGUUCUACUUAAAGCUCCCUUUUGAUCGGUUAGAUCUUGUGUAAAUACUCGAGUAUGGCUCCUACAAGAAAGUCGAGAAGUGUCAAUAAGCGGUUUCCAUAUCCUAGUGAGAUCUCUCCUUCAAAAGAUGGAGAAAGUGCUAAUAAAAGUAACAAAAGGAAAAGGAAGGUGUCUGACAUGCUAGGGCCACAGUGGAGCAAGGAAGAGCUUCAAAGCUUCUAUGAGGCAUACCGCAAGUAUGGGAAAGAUUGGAAAAAGGUGGCUACUGCAGUACGUAAUCGGACUAUAGAAAUGGUGGAGGCUCUUUAUACUAUGAACAGGGCUUAUUUGUCUCUUCCAGAGGGAACAGCUUCUGUUGUUGGUUUAAUAGCGAUGAUGACUGAUCAUUAUUCUGUUCUGGAGGGAAGUGAUAGUGAACAAGAGAGCAAUGAUGGUGUUGAAAUACCACGAAAACCUCAGAAGCGUACACGUGGAAAAUUACAUCCUAACAUGGCUGGGAACUUUUCAGAUGUGUCACAUUCUCAGUCAGUUGCUUCAAGUUAUGGCUGUUUGUCUCUCUUAAAGAAAAAACGGUCUGGGGGAAAUCAACCAAGAGCAGUUGGAAAAAGGACACCACGCGUCCCUGUAAGAUAUACAUAUGAUAAAGAUAACAUUGGGAGGUAUAUUUCCCCAGUUCGGCAGGGGUUAAAAAAGUUAGAUGUUGCUGAUGAAGAUGUGGCUCAUGAGGUGGCAUUAGCGUUGGCUGAGGCAUCCCACAGGGGUGGUUCUCCUCAGAUCUCUCAGACACCAAAUAAAAGAAGAGAAGUUACUUCAAAAUUACCUGUUGGCUUGGGUGAAAGAUUGUGUUCGGAAUCAGAAAUGACAAGCGCAAAAAAUAUUGGAAAUGAAGUGAAUGAUGAUGGGUGUGAAGGAAGCUUGGGAAGCACUGAAGGGGAUAACAAUUUUUCUAGGGAGAAGCGUCAGUCUGGUGCUAGGAAAGGUGUUGGUACAGUUGCUCAACAGAAAGCAAAGAGGUCCUACGGGAAGAAAGUAGAAGUUGAAGAUUCUGAACACCAUUAUGGGGAUGAUAUAAAGGAAGCCUGCAGUGGUACAGAAGGAGGACAAAAGUACCCUAGUUUCGAAUUAAAACUUGGUCCUGAGACAAGAGAUUUGACGUGUACUCGAUCAUCAGGUCAAACCUCUAAAAAGAGGAGCAAAAAGGUCCUUUUUGGUGGAGAUGAAGGUGUAGCGUUGGAUGCCCUGCAAGCUUUGGCUGAUUUGUCAUUAUUGAUGCCAUCUUCUGCAGCUGAAGCAGAGUCAGCUGUGCCAAUCAAAAAGGAAAACGAAGUUGAUGUUGACAAAUUCAGGCAACCAGACACUGUAAAUACAAGUCAGAGGGUAAAACCAAAAGCUUCACCAUCUAAGAAGAAGGGAGACCAGUCAGUUCCUCAGUCUCGUGGUUCUGAGUCCACAAAAUAUACACCAGGAAAAGCUUCUUCCCCUAACUCAAGUCCUGUAACUGAACCAAAAGACUCAAACGUGCGAAAAAGAAAAUCAAAGCCUUAUGUGUCAAGAAAUGCUACCUCCGAGUUUCGAAUGCAAGCAGAUACUAACACUGUGCCGGAAAUGGAGUUUUCAGAUCAGGGUAUGAAGUCAGCUAACAAAAGUCGACGGCUUUCACAUAAUGCUUCCCAGCAGCUUGGGCAGUUGGUCAGAAUCGCGGAACACUCUUCUUCAAGUACCGAUAUUAGAAAGGAUGUAGAUGAUUCUGCUAUAUCAUCCAUACAGGCUUCUGAAAUCACCAAGAUCAACACACCAACGAAAUCUAGAAGCAGGCGUAAAAUGGACAAAUCACUGAUCAUAAAAGCGGACACUUUUGUCAAUGAACAACCUAACAUAUCUGAGCAGUUCUACCAUGAUAAGACAAUGCAUCUCAAGGAAACGCUUUGUAAUUGCCUAUUGAACCACCGUGUCAGAAAAUGGUGUAUAUAUGAGUGGUUUUACAGUGCUAUUGACUACCCUUGGUUUGCUAAAAGUGAGUUUGUGGAGUAUUUGUAUCAUGUGGGUUUGGGCCAUGUCCCUAGAUUGACCCGUGUUGAAUGGGGUGUCAUUAGAAGCUCACUGGGAAAACCACGGCGAUUUUCUGAGCAGUUCUUGAAGGAAGAAAAGGAAAAACUUGCUUACUACCGGGAAUCGGUGAGGAGCCACUAUACUGAAUUGCGCAUGGGAAAAAGAGAAGGACUUCCAACUGAUUUAGCUCGUCCCUUAACAGUGGGUCAGCGUGUUAUAGCAAUUCAUCCUCGGUCAAGAGAGAUUCAUAAUGGAAAUGUACUGACGGUUGAUCAUAAUAGAUGUCGGGUUCAGUUUGAUAGGCCCGAACUAGGAGUUGAAUUCGUCAAGGAUAUCGACUGCAUGCCAUUAUAUCCAUCAGAAAAUAUACCUACAUCUCUUAUACGACACAAUGCUUGUAAAGAUAAGUUUUGCGAGGCUUUAAAGCAGUUUAGCGCCAGUCAAAGAUCUGAAGAUAGGAUGAAGGAAGAAAACUUAAUAAUUGACCCCAGCCAAAAAGUGGGAAGUUUGGAAGGUCCUUCAAAUGUUUCUCCUAUUUAUGUGAUGAGUAAUCUACCAAAGCAAGCUAAGGAGGGUUAUGUAAGUCCAAUGUCAUACAAAAAGAAUGGUCAUAUUGAAGUAAUCAGCCCCCAGCAAGCACCGACUUUGCAGCAGUCUUCUGGUUCCCCAAUGCAAACAAAGGAGGCAGAUAUCCGUGCUUUGGCAGAACUGACCCGCGCUCUUGAUAAAAAGAAUGCACUGGUGACUGAACUAAAGCGCAUGAAUGACGAUGUUUCUGAAGACAGCACACUAAAAAAUGUGGAUUCUUUCAAGAAGCAAUAUGCAGCAGUACUGGUGCAAUUAAAUGAAGUUUUGGAACAGGUUUCCUCUGCGCUGAUAUGCUUGAGACAGCGAAAUACCUAUCAAGGGAACUCUGUAGUUCCGUGGCAGAAGACAAAGAUAAGUUUAGAAGAUCAUGGUAACAUUGUUGGGUCUGUUGGUCCAUUAAAUGGCUUGCCAGGCAAUACCCAAGGGACAGGUUCACAUGCAUGUGAGAUUGUUGACACUUCAAGAAUAAAAGCCCGAAGGAUGGUUGAUGAUGCACUUCAGGCAGUGACAUCUCUGAAGGUAGAGGUAGAUUCUGUUCAAACGAUUGAAGAGGUAAUAGACUUUGUGAAUGCUAGACUUUUGGUUGAUGAUUCUGGCUUACCAACACAAACAUCUCAACUUAACGGAAGUGCAACCCUUCAGAACCAGUCAAGCUCGUGCACUUCAACUGUGGUGAAUUCUGAUCUAGCACUUGAUUCAAAGUCAAAUUGUGCAUCUGUUAGAUGUGAACCACACAUUCCGUCGGAGCUCAUUGCAAACUGUGUUGCUACACUUCUGAUGAUUCAAAAAUGUACAGAACGUCAGUUCCCACCAGCUGAGGUUGCCCAGAUAUUAGACCUUGCAGUCACAAGUUUACAGCCGCGCAGUUCACAAAACAUUCCAAUCUACACCGAGAUCCAGAAAUGUAUGGGAAUCAUUCGGAGCCAGAUAUUGGCGCUUAUCCCUACUUAAUUAAAAUCACUAAGUUCAUAUUCUGAAUUGUGUAAUCUGUUAUUGUGUAAAUCUGAAAGCUGUAGAUCUAGAUUAAUAACUCCGAGUGGUGGCCUGAGCUAUAGCUCCUUUGUCGCCUUGUAUCGUAAUCAUACUUUGUAUAUGAAUCAAGAAUUAGCAUUUUAUUCUAUGAUUUAUAUCUAUCUAUCUA